AUGCACGAUCCGUUUCGGUCGUUGGCCUGCGUGUCGGUGAUCACUUCCGUUCUGUGCACGCUUUUUGCUAUCUAUUUCUCGAUUUCUUUGCACAAAAACGCUUCACUAGCUAGACGGGAUAUUGAGGAAAGAGCGGAAGUGUUGAAGAUCGUACACGAGUCUUUUUGGGACCAAAUCCAAUGGGAGAUCCGCACAAUGCCGUGGAUUGGGGUGGCGUUGCGGGAGAAGAGGGAUUACGGUCAGAAUCCGGAUGGGAAACAAAGAAAUGAACACGGAGUGUUGCAUCAGUGCAGUCAAUGCCAGCGCCUCGCUUGUCCAAUGGGAAUGGCGGGGAGAGAGGGAGGACCUGGCACUGAUGGGAUGCCGGGAUUGCCCGGGAAAACGGGAAAUCCAGGAAUUGAUGGAGAGGAUAUCGAGUUGGACUCUCCACCGGAUUUGCCGUGCUCGAUUUGCCCGGGCGGCCCACCGGGGCCUCGCGGUGCCCAGGGAGAACGUGGAAUGAGUGGAACUGGAGGCACAAGGGGAUACUCAGGCUUACCGGGGAACCCGGGCCAAGACGGUGGACCGGGAUUGAGUGGAAAUUCGGGACCUUCUGGUCAUUCGGGACUCCGCGGGCCGAAAGGACCAAUUGGACGGGAUGUUAUCGCUGGUGAAGGCAUCAAGGGACCCCGAGGUCCACCCGGUCCACGGGGUAUCGCUGGAUCAAGAGGUGUCCCUGGAAGAGCUUCAAAUCAACCAGGAAUCCCUGGACAACCGGGAACACAAGGAAAGAUUGGAAAAGCUGGACUGUAUGGUCAAUUCGGAGAUCGUGGCUCGCCGGGAGCACCUGGUGACCCGGGAUUGUCAGGCACUUACUGCCCCUCGGAUUGUGGUGUGAAUAAAAUUGUCUCCGAGCUCGUCCAUCUAAACCCAGCCUCGAAUCCAAAUGGAUACGAUCAUCCGGAAGAUGUAGAGUCUCGUCCCCAAGAGAAACCAUUUGAGCAAAAAGAGGGCAACAUCGGCUACGAUUUGGAGACGAUUCAGCAAAAGAUGAAGCCACCGGGAGCAAUGCCAAAUGCCGCUCAACCCGCUUACAAGAGCGCCGAAGAGUACGAAGAGCAAGGCUACCGAAUGCUGUUCAGCGCCGUU